AUGAGCAUGGGCGGCGGCGCCGUUCCACGGGGAGUGUGCUCUCCUAACACGACUGGUGCCACUGUAAACGGACGUUUGCUUCACCAUUUCGACACGCUAAAGCUAAUGGCGAAUGGCGUCCCGCUGGGUCUGGGUCCCUUGUGGAUCAAUAACGAUGGUCUCUAUGGUCUUGAGAACAGCUUAACGCCUAUUGGAAGGAUAAACAUCUACAACAUGAUCGUGCGCUCGUUUCCUGGGGCCGAGGCAUUUUCUCCAACGCACUUAGAUGGAACUACUCGAGCUCAUUUGGAGAAGGAGUUGGAAGACCUGUUGUAUUAUGAGAACACGCGUUCGUAUGCUCGGCAUCCUCAUGAUGACUUCAGUACCCGCUCAUAUUAUCGACGGCCAUCCACCUCAAUGCCUGGACCAGGGACGCCACAUCAAUCAGAAAAAGAGGCUCGAGCCAGGCGUGAACACGAGCGACAGGCCCAAAAGGAGAGGGAAGAGAAGAUCGAACGAGAACGUCGAGAAUGUCGAGAACGCGAGGAAAGAUUCAGAAGAGAGCAACAGGAUCGCGAGGAGAGAAGGAAAAAGGAACAACAAGAGCGUGAAGCGAAAGCCAGGCGCGACGGCGAGGAGAGACGCCAACGCGACAAAGCUGCUCAGGAAUCUAAAGCGAAGCGGUGGAAGGAGUAUAACAGCGCCUGGGAAGAACUCAAGAACUCGACGGUAGCCUCUCCUGUCGAGGCGUGGCCCAGUCUGAUAUUGAAGCGUUUCUGCACUAUGGUGCUUCAAUGA